AUGCAAGCCUGGAACAAUAACAGGGUGGAGGAGGAGGAGGAGGAGGAGGAGGAGGAGGAGGAGGAGGAAGAAGAAGAAGAAGAAGAAGAAGAAGAAGAAGAAGAAGAAGAAGAAUCCAGAGAGCAUGUUGAAAUCUGCUACAAAUGCAGUUUAGAACACAUUUAA